UCCGCCGAACCCACUCGGGACCCGUCGUCUUUUAGCACGAUAACGCGUCCGAGGGUUUUUUAUUAUUAUUAUUAUUAUUUUUUCAUUAUCAUUACGAGAUUCGAUUUUUCUAAAUCAGUUUCUUCAGACGUUGACGUGUUUCCGUGUCAGAAAAAACAGAGAAAAAAUAAUAAAAACCAAAUCUGUCGGUGUUUCGUGCGGGCAUGCCUGCCCGUUGGUGGCACGCAAAUGUGUAGAAAAAUACACUUCGACCGUCGUAAAAACGCAACAACGACGAUAACAAAAACAACAGCAACAGCACUCGGCUGCAGCACUGACACUAGUAUUAAAACCUAUGCACUUACCGGGCCCCAGACUCUGUCUGUUUAAUAAUUUGCUAAUCGUCACCGCCAUUGCCAGUUUAACAAAUAAUACUUCGUGACGAUCAUCAACAGCUCUCUACAUUUUACGUGCAUAAAUUUCGUUUACUUUGUACCGAUACCCUCGUCGUUCCGAUCAGUGUUACUCUCCUUUGUCGUUUUGUGUUUACGUUCGCCAUCGACGCCACCUAUCCUAACCGUUGUCGUCCUCACUAGGUGUCUUCAUCACGGAUGCAACUUUGCGCAACCGUUUACCAUGUGAAUUCUGAUUGAUAAACCACUGUACAUCAAGGCAACAGGAACACAACCAUCAUGAAGUCUUGAAUUUUGGUAUGGCAAUCCUCAGGGCGAAUUCCAAACACAUAUUGAAUAAUUUAACUCAUCAAUAUGGAACCAGUUGUAGAAGAAGUGAGGGACAUUACUGUACGAAAAGUUACUCGAUGGUGUUGUUCAACAAUCAUGGUAUUUGGAGGCGUAGUCCCUUAUAUUCCACAGUAUCGAGAAAUAUAUAUCAAACAAGACGCAGAAGGUUUCUCAAUGUAUGUUUGCUUAGCACUUUUAGUUGCUAACACUCUGAGAAUAUUAUUUUGGUUUGGUAAACGUUAUGAGCUUCCAUUGUUAUUCCAAAGUAUAGUUAUGAAUAUUAUGAUGUUACUUAUGAUACAUUUAUGUGUAAAAGUCCGUAACAAAACUCAGUUAAUCAGAGGACCAGAUAGAUAUUUUACUGAUUUUGACUGGCAUUACUUUUGGCAGUGGACAGACUUUCAAUCUUAUAUCGAUUUCUUAAUUGCAAUGAGUAUUUGUCUCUCUGUAAUUACUUUCAUAUUUCUACAUAAUGUCAUAUUCAUUGAAAUAAUUGGAUUUCUUGCUCUCCUAACUGAAGCCAUGUUGGGUGUUCCUCAACUAGUCAAAAAUUUAAGAAACCGGUCUACAGAGGGAAUGAGUGUCACAAUGGUAUUACUUUGGACAACUGGCGAUGCAUUCAAGACAUGUUAUUUUGUAAGUCGCAAAGCACCUCUACAAUUUUGGAUGUGUGGCACACUUCAAGUUAUGAUAGAUCUGACAAUACUUGGUCAAGUAGUCUGGUAUCGAAACGAACCUCCCUAUAAAAUGCCUCGCAUAGACUGAAAUUUAAAUUGAUUAUGUUGAUAUAAUAUUUUUUUGAAUUUUCCAAAUUCGAAUUGUUACUAUUAUUGUUUAGAUCUUCUUAUUUUAAAAUAGACUUUGAUUUUAGGUUGUUAAUACUUGUUUAUAUAGUGAAUUUUAUUUAUUUAUUAUUGUAUCAAAUAGUUAAAAUUCAUUUUUAUUUUAUGUUAAUAUAU